AUGUCUUCAGACGACGCUCUCCUCGACCGUCUUCAGUCCUUUGUCUCGGAAAACAGGCGCGGUGUGCUCAUUGCCGCCGCUGCCGCUGCUGCAGUCAUCGCCAUCGGCGGUGUUGCAUACUACAACGGGGCGGCAGGAGGGGAUGACGAGGAGAGCCUCAAGUCGGACAAGAAGAAAGACAAGAAAAAGCAAAAAAAGCAGAAGAAGUCGGUGAAGGAUAAGGACGGACCCAUCUUAGAAGAGAGAAAGCCUAAGGGAACUGAAGUCUCCGAUGACGCCGCCGCCUCGCUCAAGCUCAAGGGAAAUAACGCGUACCAGGGUCGUAAAUUUGCCGUUGCCGCCGACUUCUACUCUCGCGCGAUAGAGGUAUCUCCUAAACCAGAACCAGUCUUCUACAGCAACCGCGCGGCAUGCUACAUCAAUAUGUCCCCCCCAAAAUUCGAUCUUGUUGUCGAGGACUGCGACAAAGCGCUCGCGCUUGACUCGAAGUAUGUGAAGGCGCUCAACCGGCGCGCAACUGCUCUUGAAAAUCUCUCCCGGUACGAGGAAGCCUUGCGAGACUACACUGCUGCUACAAUUCUCGACAAGUUCCAAAACGAGGCGGCUUCUCAGGCUGUUGAACGUGUGCUCAAGAAGUUGUCGGGCGAAAAGGCGACGGAGAUUCUCGCUUCUAGGGAACCCCGUCUUCCCUCUUUCACUUUUGUAUCGGCCUAUUUUGCGGCGUUCCGUCCACGACCACUGCCCGCCCUCCCAGAAGAGCCGUCCACUGGAGACAACACUCUCAUCAUGGCGUUAUCGGCACUUGAGGCGUCAGACUAUGCUCAUGCGUUGACGCUCGUCAAUGAGGCUCUUGAACAGGGCAUCUCAUGGAAUGUGGGCAGAGCGGAAGCACUCAACCUCCGCGGUACCUUCAAGUUCUUGACAGGCGAUAUCAAUGGCUCGAAAGAGGACUUGAACGCGUCAAUCGAGCUGGUCCCCUCCUUAACGCAGAGCUGGGUCAAGAUUGCUAGCGUGCACAUGGAACAGAAUGAUCCGGUAAAGACCUUCGAAUGCUUUGAGGAGGCUAUCAAGCACAACUCCGAGGACCCAGAUAUCUACUAUCACCGCGGGCAAGUUCUUUUCAUCAUGAAUGAGUUCCAACAGGCCGCAGAAAACUACACCAAGUCCACUUCGCUGGAUCCCGACUUUGUAUUUUCGCAUAUCCAACUGGCUGUCGCUCAGUACAAGUCUGGGGACCUGGCAAAAAGCAUGGCGACCUUCCGGAGGACACUUAGAGAAUUUCCUCAGAAGAGCGAGCCGCAGAACUACUAUGGUGAGCUUCUGCUGGACCAACAGAGGUUCCAAGACGCGGUGGAAAAAUUCGAUCGUGCUAUCGAGCUUGAGCGUCUAAAGACGCCAGUGAACGUCCUUCCUCUUGUGAACAAGGGUCUUGCUCUGUACCAAUGGAAGCAAGAUAGCGGCGCCGCCGAGCGAUGCUGCCUUGAAGCCUUACGAAUAGAUCCUGAGUGUGAGGCUGCCAUUGCAACCCUCGCGCAACUCAGCCUGCAGCAAGGGAAAGUUGACCAAGCAGUACAAAUGUUCGAGCGGCAAACGAAGCUGGCAAGGAGCGAGCCCGAGCUGGCCAACGCGUUGACAUAUCAAUAUGCUUCGUAUGCUCAACUGGAAUUUAUGAAAAACUAUCCGGAACUUGCAAGCCAGCUGAGCCAGCUUGCGCGGUCGAUGGUCUGAAGACUGCAUACGAUCCUGGGAUUUUUGCAUAAAUAGAGUGAUACUUAUGCCAUUAUCGACUCCUCCCGAUGUGCCUCACGAUCCGUAAGCCAACCAUAUCGCUGGUGUGGUCUUCCGAGAACGGUCACUGGGUGCAGUUGAGGGUCUAUUCUUGCGUUAUUUGCGUCGCUCACUUUCUUAUCUACUUAACGCCUACGCCAUUACAUUGUCCUUAUAAUCCUAUGCCGAACGCACUUCUCACAGGUAACAUGACGUGCUAUCAGGAAU